AUGGGGCGCUUUCUGCUCGCCUUCCCGAAUAUUCAAAGUCUGCACUGCGACUCUUGCAGUAUCACGAGGGAACGGCACGGUGCAGCCGACCACUUUGUUCGACAACGUCUCGCUGCGAAACUUCGGCUGAAGCAACUUACGAUCUCCGCAUCGACAGGCAACAGAGUAGUAGACCUCCCUGCAGAAAUCUCGCAGGCCACCCUAGAACACCUCGUUCUGUGUAUGUUGACCCCUCAGGUGGCUCUUGAAGAAGCACCUGUACUGUGUUUCCCGCGUCUGCGAUCUCUCUCAAUUGACAUACAGAUUGCCGAUAACUACCGCAAGCAGGAUAGCGAGGGCCAUGUGUUGCCCAUACUCAAAGUUGUCACAAUCCUGAAAUCUCUCACUUCCUCCGACACUCUCAUUUGCAAUUCCCUACCAAGCCUCCACUACUUUCUCUCCCUCGAUGUGGGCACAGAGACCUGCCGUGAAUUCGAUACAGCCAUCCUAGACUCUUCAGCCCGAGGAACACUGAUCCUCCAGUUGCACUCGUGGGCCAGCUGUGCUCCUCAAACCUCCGGGAACAAAUUCUGGACGUCUCGUGUUGAACAGCAUUUCCCGAAGCUACACAGCAGGAACUCACUGAAAGUGCAAUACGCUCCAAGCAACCCUCUUAACUCGCGGACUCUGUCGCGCCAGCCGGUCGCCCAUGAGGACUUCGUGACCGUGCUGACCGCUUCGGCGGACGGCAAGUGGUUCGCGACUGGGUCGAAUGAUUCCACCAUCGUUCUCUGGGACGUCAAACAACCUGCUAGCACGUUGGAUUGGAUCGCGCACGAACGGCGCGUGAGCGACCUUGCCUUCUCUCCCGACAGCCAAUACCUCCUGUCUGUCGGCAGUGACAUCACUCCGAAGAUAUGGGAUCUGGGCGGUCAUCCUGGCCGGCUCGUGGCGACCCUCGACGGCCAUGAUAACUAUGUGCGGCGCUGUGCGUGGGCGAACACUGGCACGCUGUUCGCGACCGGCUCUUACGAUGGGUCAGUCCGAGUUUGGCAUGGCCCUAGUAUCCGUGAUCACGCGUUCCAGCAGUGCUGCGUGUUUACAGACCCCCGUGCCGGACCUUUACUCCAAGCUCUCAGGUUCUCCCCCAGCGCUCGCUCGCUCUUGGCAAUCCACCUUCCGCUGCCGGGGGAACCAGAUGCAGUGCCUAGUUGGCGUGUGUGGCAUCUCGGCGCGGACCCGAAUACUCCUCCCAAAGCCCUCGACAGGCCAAAAACCAGCACGUUCGUAGUCGCUGCCCUCGAUUCGACUGAUCGGCACUUGGUGGCUGCAUCACGCGACGGGUCCGAGGUGAACCUCCAUGAUCUCGAAACUGGGGAGGACCUCAUGAUCGCGACUCAGCCGGCCGCACUCUUGGAAGAGGUCACGAGAGUCAUACUUUCCCCCAACAACCGUUACCUCCUUAGAGAGGUCGGCUUUGGCGGGGCGUACGACUUGUUAGACCUGGAGACCCAUCGAAUCACGGCGCUCAGUAGCGAUACCAUGCUCUACUCUCCUUCCUUCUUGCACGAUGGGCAAUACAUCGCAACGGCAUCUAAUGCAGGAGUUUGUCUAUGGAAGACUAGCGACUGCUCGUGCGCGGCGGUGUUGAAGAGCGAGGUUAGGGGGCUAGACGACUCCGCAAGUGUCCUCGCGUUCUCAGGAGAUGCAGGUAGCCUGGCGGUUGGAGACCGGUCUGGCGACGUGAGGAUCCACAGAAUGGAGGACUUUGUUUGGCUUCGUCCAUUGUGA